CAAUACGAACAUAAAGUUGCUGGCAUUACGUCUGUUCGCACAGUUGGCUUGGAGCUUGACUUCGACACAGACUGUGAAUUGGCGAAUAUCGAGAGCAAAGCGUAAGGCGCGACACGUGAGUGAAUUGAAAUUAAAAACUGUGAAACAAAACAGAUUUUCGAGAAUGGCAAGCACAACGACAUCGAUUGAGGGCUAUAAACUGGGCAAGGUGAUCAUCGAGGGCAAGACAAAACAGGUCUACAAUCUGCCCGAGAAUCCUGGCUUGUGUUUGCUGCUCAGCAAGGAUCGCAUUACCGCCGGCGAUGGCGUCAAGGCCCACGAUCUCGAGGGCAAAGCGGAGAUCUCGAAUACAACCAAUGGACAUGUCUUUCGGCUGCUCAACGAGGCGGGUGUUCGCACAGCAUAUGUGAAACAGUGCGGCCCAAAAGCUUUCAUUGCCCGCAAAUGCGAAAUGAUACCCAUUGAGUGGGUAACCCGACGCCUGGCAACCGGCUCCUUUCUCAAGCGCAACUCGGGCGUGCCCACGGGCUACAGAUUCUCGCCGGCCAAGCAGGAGACAUUCUUCAAGGAUGACGCCAACCACGAUCCCCAGUGGAGCGAUGAGCAAAUCAUUUGUGCCAAAUUCCAGCUAAACGGCCUGCUUAUUGGUCAAGAUGAGUUGGACAUUAUGAAGCGGACAACGUUGCUGAUCUUCGAGAUAUUGGAGCGUGCGUGGCAGACAAAGAAUUGUGCGCUAAUCGACAUGAAGGUGGAGUUUGGUAUCGAUGACGAUGGCAAUAUACUGUUGGCCGAUAUUAUCGAUUCCGAUUCGUGGCGCCUCUGGCCGGCCGGUGACAAACGUUUGAUGGUCGAUAAGCAGGUCUAUCGCGAUCUCGUAUCGGUCACGCCCUCCGAUCUGGAUACCGUAAUGCGUAACUUUAAAUGGGUAUCCGAACAGAUGGCCGAAAUUGUGCCGCGCAAGGAUCAUUUGGUUGUCGUGCUCAUGGGCAGCGCAUCGGAUACAUCGCACAGCGAGAAGAUUGCGACCAGCUGCCGCUCGUUGGGCCUCAAUGUGGAGCUGCGCGUCAGUUCGGCCCACAAGGCGCCCGAGGAGACAUUGCGCAUUGUCCGCGAAUACGAAUCGGUGAUGACCAAUCUGAUCUUUGUCGCCGUCGCCGGACGUUCCAAUGGCCUUGGGCCCGUCCUUUCCGGCAGCACCAACUAUCCGGUUAUCAAUUGUCCGCCCAUCAAGUCCGACAAUAUGCAGGUGGAUGCAUGGUCCAGCCUCAAUUUGCCAUCGGGUCUGGGCUGUGCCACCGUCUUCUAUCCGGAGGCAGCCGCAUUACAUGCGGCAACCAUUUUGGGUCUGAGCAACUUUAUGAUUUGGUCCAAGUUGCGUUGCAAGCAGCUCAACAAUUUUGUCACCCUCAAGAAGGCUGACAAGGAGCUGCGCGGCGUGCGCAAUGCCUAAAGAAAAUUGAAGCAAAACAAGAAAACAUUUCCUGUUCAA